AUGGACGGAACGCCUAGUUGCGAAGGCAACGAUAAGAGGCUUUCAGCCAAUGAGACACUUGAAACGCAAAACAAAGCUUCUGUUAAUGAUACAACUUCUAUCCCAGAUGGCGGGAUCAAGGCCUGGAUGCAAGUUAUGGGAACGUUUUUCAUUUUUUUCAACACUUGGGGUGUACUGAACACGUUUGGAGCCUAUCAGACCUAUUAUCAGACCCAGAAGCUGUUUCCCUCGUCCUCUUCGAGUAUCUCCUGGAUAGGCUCUGUGCAGUCGUCUUUGCUCCUAGUCUUAGGUCUAAUAACCGGUCCGCUGUAUGAUGCCGGCUACUUUUAUCCCCUUCUUUUUAGUGGCUCCUUCAUGAUCGUGUUUGGGCAAAUGAUGCUGAGCCUCUCCAGGGAGUAUUACCAAGUGCUGCUAUCACAAGGGCUUUGUAUCGGUCUUGGAACAGGCUUAAUUCUCAUUCCUGGCGUUGCUGUUCUCUCCACCUAUUUUGACACAAAGCUGGCCCUUGCGAAUGGCGUUGCAGCUGCUGGGAGUGGAUUGGGAGGUAUUCUGUAUCCGAUUAUCUUCCAUCGACUUUUCGAGCAAAUUGGGUUUGCAUGGACCUGUCGGGCGAUUGGCCUCGUCAUAUUAGUCACGAUAGCCAUUCCUAUCACGGUCUUUCGCUUGCGAGUGAAGCCAUCUGGGAAACGGAAACUUCUGGACCUCGUGGCCUUCCGUGAGCCCGCGUAUACGUUCUUUGUACUGGGAGGAGCUCUUGAGUUCAUCUCGCUCAACAUACCAUUUUACUAUAUUCAAUACUGUGCUAUCAGUGAGGGGAUCGUUGCCAAUGACCUUGGAUUCUAUCUGCUCUCAAUCUUGACUACGGGGUCAGUUCUGGGGAGAAUCUUGCCAAACGUAUUUGCCAAUGCUAUUGGCCCAUUCAACAUCAUCUUUAUAUGCACGGGUAUCUCGGGGGUCAUGAUGUUCGCAUUGGUUAAUUUAUCUAGCCUAGCGGGAGUAGUCAUCGUUGCUCUCCUCUAUGGUUUCUUCAUAGGAGCAUUUGUAUCGCUGCCGCCCACCUGCUUUGUCAAGCUUUCCCCGGAUCGAGCUCUUAUUGGCACCCGAAUGGGAAUGGGGUAUGCAGUAAUGACGAUCGGAAAUUUAGUCGGGACUCCAGCGGCUGGGGCCAUCCUGCAAAACCGGGGCUUCAAUGCCGUGUGGAUCUUCGGGGGUGGGGUUUCGAUCACAGGAGGAAUAGCUAUGAUGAUUAGUAGGAAUUUCCAAGGGGGUUGGAAACUACUAAGUAGACAAUAA